CCCAAAGAGAUUGUUAGAAAUGCCGUGUCCCCCACAUUUUGUUCUGAGAAACAUGCCAAAUAAGUUACCAGAAUUUUGAGUCAGUAAUAGAUUUUAUCUGGAAAAGCUUGACAGAUAUCAAUGGAGUUUGAAGAUUUGGCAGAGGGAUGCAUUGCAGAGAUACUGUCACAUACCUCUCCCAUGGAUGCAUGCAAGCUCUCCUUAGUUUCAAGAGCCUUUUGUUCUGCAGCUGAAUCUGAUUUUGUGUGGUCCGCUUUUCUCCUCAACUUGACCUCAAUAAUUCCUCCUUCUUCCAUUCCCUCAUCCAGUUCUAAGAAGGGUCUCUAUUUCAAUCUCUGCAACCACCCCACCAUCAUUGAUCAGGGCAAAAAGAGUGUUCAGCUGGACAAAAGGACAGGGAAGAAGUGUUACAUGCUUUCUGCUAGAAAUCUGGACAUUAUAUGGGGUGAUGCCGCUCAACAUUGGGAGUGGACAAGCCUGCCAGACUCCAGGUUCGAAGCGGUUGCUGUGCUUCGUGCUGUGUGCUGGUUUGAUAUCAGUGGGAAGAUAAGCACAGUUGGUCUGUCAUCAGACACUGAUUAUGCAGUAUUUCUGGUGUUCAAGAUGAUUAAUGCAAGUGGGUUUCAUUACCAUCCGACAGUGAUAUCAGUUGGUGUUUCUGGAGGUAGUACCAACACGAAAUACGUCUGUUUGGAUCUGAACGUGAAAGAUAAUUGUUUGAGAGAACUACAAUGUCCUAAAGUGAGAAGUGAUGGGUGGUUGGAGAUUGAGAUGGGAGAGUUCUUCAAUUCAGGCCUAAAAGAAGAGCAAUUGCAAAUAAAAGUCAUGGAGACAACAAGUCAUAUACAGAAGUGUGGUUUCAUUCUUGAAGGAAUAGAGCUUAGGCCUAAACAUUGAUAUGUGAAAAGAGUUGUUUGGCCUGAGAAGAGUGAAAUUACAAAGAAUUCAUAGUUCCUGUUACCCUUUUUUUUUCAUAUUUUUAUUUUUGUAUACCCUUUUACAUUGAAUCAACCUUUUACCAGAGUGGAAGAUUUUUGAUUACCCAUGUUUUGUUUUGCUCCAGAGUUUUACUUUCCUUGCACAUAGCAUCUUUUGUAGGUUAGAGGUUCAACACAGUAACAUAAGUAGCUAUGGGAUAAGAAAGAGGUAUGAGUUCUCACCCUUAGAUCAGGAGCUGUGACUUUCUGCACUCCCUUUGUCCUCCAUAAAAGGAAAAGCAUAAACUUUGUUGAGCAAUUGUUCCAUUGGAGUGUGAGAGGUGGAUCAAAGUAAGGAAUAAAGGUACAUCCUUUAACAAAAGGGUAAACAUCUUAUGAGACUUGACAUGAUGGGAACAUUCAAGGAAGAUGCAUUUUCUCUGAAAUGUGUGUGUAAUUGAGCAUGCAUGCUGUGAAAUAGCAACUCUUAUGGAAUUGGCUUUAUGAGAUGAAUUACAGUAAGCACACAUUUUCAAA